CGACUCCAGCGGCAGCGGCAGCGGCGUAGAUGAAUGAUCAACACGCAGCCUCAGCCUCCAUCUCCAUCCGUCGGUCAGUCUCCGCAACAGCUCCAGCACUGCCCGCGGUCCCCUGAACCCCGUCUCUGAAGAAACCAUGUCUGAGGCCGAACAAGUCCUGGCCUCGGCCCCGGAGGCCGCCGCCGUCCUGAACGCCACGGACUCCAACGGCACCGAGGUGCUCAACGCUACGGCUAAAUUCGUGGCCACUCCGGAAGGCACGGCGCUGGCAUACGGCAGCCUGGUUUUCAUGGCGCUGCUGCCCAUCUUCUUCGGAGCCCUGCGGUCCGUCAGCUGCUCCAAAUCUAAGGAGCUCGGAGAAAAUGAUUACGAUUCUGGGUUCAGAAAUGCAGCAGACAUGCCAGAGACAAUCACCAGUCGAGACGCAGCGAGGUUUCCCAUCAUCGCCAGCUGUACUCUGUUUGGGCUCUACCUCUUCUUCAAGGUAUUUUCUCAAGAGUACAUCAACCUGCUGCUGUCUGUCUACUUCUUUGUCCUGGGCGUCCUGGCUCUGUCGCACACUAUGAGUCCUCUGAUGUCCAGAAUCUUCCCAGAUUCUUUCCCGAACAAACAGUUCCAGCUGCUCUUCACUCAGGGCUCCGGAGAGUCCAAAGAAGAAAUAGUCAACUAUGAGUUUGACACCAAGAACCUGGUGUGUCUGCUCAUCAGCAGUGUGGUGGGGGUCUGGUACCUGCUGAAAAAGCACUGGAUAGCCAAUAACCUGUUUGGCCUGGCCUUUGCCCUGAACGGCGUGGAGCUGCUCCACCUGAACAACGUCAGUACCGGCUGCAUCCUGCUGGGGGGGCUGUUUGUCUACGACGUCUUCUGGGUGUUUGGGACCAACGUCAUGGUGACAGUUGCCAAGUCCUUUGAAGCACCAAUCAAAUUGGUGUUUCCUCAGGACUUGCUGGAGAGAGGCCUUGAAGCCAGUAACUUUGCCAUGCUGGGUCUGGGUGACAUCGUCAUCCCCGGUAUCUUCAUCGCCCUGCUGCUGCGCUUCGACGUCAGCCUAAAGAAGAACAGCAGGACGUAUUUCUACUCCAGUUUCCUGGCCUACAUCUUUGGUCUGGGCCUCACCAUCUUCGUCAUGCACACCUUCAAACAUGCUCAGCCCGCUCUGCUCUACCUGGUCCCAGCCUGCGUCGGCUUCCCCGUCAUCGUAGCACUGCUCAAAGGAGAGCUCACAGAGAUGUUCAGGUACGAGGAGUCGUCCCCUGAGGAGGCGGGGGCUAAAGAGGACUCGUCAGAAUCGGAGAAGAAGGACCAAUAGCAUCCAUCGCUACACCCCACCACACACCACCACCCCUUCAAACACCUACAUCCGGCCUGCUGCCACCAUAUUUCACUGAAGCCCCUCCCCCUCCCGCCUCUCCAGCUUCCAGUUCGUUGCCGGGGGAAACGGAGCUCGUGUUGCCAACGUGUUUGUCUUUGAAAACCAUGGGAACAGCCGCUGGUCUCAGUGGUGCCAGCCGUGGUGGUGUUUAUAAUUAAAGGUUGUUUCGUCACAACAGUUGAGACUCGGUGCCUACCAUGAUUCCUCUGUCUGUCUCUCAGCUGCACUCACACAGGAACACCAAGCCUCCGCGGCUCCCGAUUUUAGAAGCUUUCCCCCAAAAAACCUCCACAAAGCGAGAGUCCUGUUGGAUUUAUUGUCAGUUCAUGGAGUGAGACUUUGUCUGGCAAUAAAUCAGUGGAACCCGCCGCAGCAUCGCCAGAUCUGAUCCUCUUGUGUGUUUGCAGCUUGUCGGCUCAGAUAGACCAGGAAACUGUUACACUUCCACUGUUCGAAGGAGCGCUUGGUUUAUCCUUUAACGGCCUCAAAAGUGGAAAAAAAUCACACGGUAAAACAAGCGCCUCUGCUUUCUUUGUGUUUCCUGGUGUAUUUGUCGCCAGGCCGCCGUUCGCUCUGCCCUCUGCUUUCCCACGUCAGUGUUUUCUGUUGCUUCAGGUAUGUUUUACUCAGUUUUAUUAUUUUGUGUGAAAGGCCAGAAUUUUAAGAUGAGAAGUUCCAGUUAAAAGUUUUGAUUGUAUAGUUAUUUGUUCAUUUGUCAAAGCUGUACUGUGUUUACACCCACAUAUCUAAAAUAACGAGUGUACGUGUGAAUCGGCUCUCUAUCCCAGCUGCUCACUGGGAAAUAAAUCUCGCUUAUGAUCA